AUGUCAACUCAAGAAGAAGAACAACCAGACUUCCCAACAGCAAACUUCGAAGAAAAUCCGUCCAACGAAGCAACGACCAGAACGCAGUCUUCACUGUGUGAUGUCUGCGCUGAUGUUUCGUCAGGUUUCUAUUGUGGCGCAUUUGUUUGCGAGGCUUGCAAGAAAUUUUUCGUCCGUUGUCUGCAAAUGAAAGAAAAAUUUAGAGCCGUUUGUACGAAAGAUGGCAAAUGCGUCAUAAAUAAAACAACAAGAACACAAUGCUCGAAAUGCAGAUAUGAAAAAUGCAUCUCACUCAACAUGUAUGGACCAGGUGGACGUAAGGUAUCAGAAGACAUCAACUGCAUUCCUUGCAAGGUCUGCGGUGCGCCAUCAUCAGGUUUCCACUUUGGAGUGACCACAUGUGAAGGAUGCAAGGGCUUCUAUAGACGAUGUGUGAAAAAAUACGACACGGCGAAGUUUCACUGCACGAACGAUAACAACUGCGACGUGACGUGGAAGACGAGAAACGUUUGCAAGUUCUGCAGGUACCAGAAAUGCCAAGACGUCGGAAUGAUGCCAGAAAGUUGGUUUCAAUCAACAAUUUUAUAUCUCUAA